ACGACUGGCGUGCCUGCGUGAGGAUUCAAAGUCUUCAUUCUCGGCCGUCAUUUAGGCGGACAGUGGAGUGGGCCCAGGGGAGGAGAUGCUAGGACUGAAAGGAAGUGUAAAAGAACACAAAAGCAAGAAAGCUCGAGGAAGGGCUGAGCGGCGUGGAGAUGGCGAGGGUCUCGUCUGUGGUGGCGUGCUGCAAUGAGGUCAUCAUUUAGGAGGCUCACCCAGAACGCGGCGGCACUCACAUGAUCUCCACAGAUGACCUGGAGUACCCGCGGGAGUAUCGGACGCUGGGCAACAGCGGCCGGCGCUUCUCCAACGUGGGCCUGGUGCACACGUCGGAGCACCGGCACACGGUGACGGCGGCGCAGAGCCUAGAGGCGCUCACCAACCUACACAAGGCCGACAUGGAGCGCAAGCGGGACGCCUUCAUGGACCACCUGAAGAGCAAGUACCAACAGCAGCAGCAGCAGCUCCAGCAUCAGCACCACAACCCGCCGUCACCCUCGCAGUCGCACGGCAGCACGAGGGGAGGCUCGGACAGGGCCGCACGAGAGCAGCAGCAACAACCCAACUACUGGAGCUUUAAGAGCCGCAGCCCUCGCCAUUCCCAGUCCACCCAGUCGGGGCUCGCCGACCAGGCCACCAAGCUCUCCUUCGCCUCUGCCGAGUCCCUGGAGACCAUGUCCGAAGCCGACGUCCCCGUCGGCUUCAACAGGAUGAAUCGGUUCCGCCAGAGCCUGCCCCUGUCGCGUUCCGCCAGCCAGAAUAAACUGCGGUCUCCAGAUGAAUAUGCAGGCGUGCUCUUCCUGCAGUACGGCGACGAGACGCGGCGCGUGCACAUCACCCACGAGCUGAGCAGCCUGGACACGCUGCACGCCCUCAUCGUGCACAUGUUCCCGCAGAAGCUGACGGCGGGCAUGCUCAAGUCGCCUAACACGGCCGUGCUGAUCAAGGACGAGGCCCGCAAUGUCUUCUACGAGCUGGAGGACGUGCGCGACAUCCAGGACCGCAGCGUCAUCAAGAUCUACCGCAAGGAGCCCGUCUACGCCUCCUACCCGGCCGCCGCCCACCUGGCCAACGGGGACCUGCGGAGGGAGCUGGUCUACUCGUCCCGUGACUCUUCCCCGACGCGCCGCCUCAACACGCUCCCCUCGUCGUCGGGCUCUUCUGGCUCGCCGUCCCGCUCGCGCCUCUCCUACAGUAGUGGUCGCCCACCCUCCUUCGCCGGGUCGCACGCGCCCCACGAGCAGGCCCGGCACCCUCAUCACCUUGCCGCAGCCGCCGCCCACGUGGCCAACGCGGGACUCUCGCCCUCACCCAGUGCCAUCCUGGAGCGGCGAGACGUCAAGCCGGACGAGGAGGUCUCGGCGAAGAACUUGGCGCUGAUGAAGAACGAGUCUCUCUACGCGGACCCCUACAGCCUGAUGCACGAGGGCCGCCUCAGCAUCGCCUCCACACAGUCACUGGCUGCCAUCGGCGACCCUUUCAGUUUCCCCGUGUCCUCUGGAUUGUACCGCCGCGGCUCCGUGCGCUCCCUCAGCACAUACUCCGCUGCCGCCUUGCAGGGGGAGCUGGACGAUUCGCUCUACAAGCCCGGGGGGUCCCUAUACUCUGACACGUACUCGGCCACUCUGGGCAUGGGCUUCCGCAUGCCGCCGUCGUCCCCGCAGAAGAUCCCCGACAUGCACUUGCGCGACAGAGACUCGUACUCCGGCUCGCCCAACAGGGCUUCGCCCGUCAGGCAGAACUUUCGCAAAGACUCAGCGUCCUCCUCGGUGUUCAUGGACGGUCCCAAGUCCAGACCAAGUUCUGGCUCUGAGCCUCUCUGCCUCACAGCCGGAUCCGGGGACGGGGGCAGGGCCACGCCCGGUUUUGGGCCAUCCAUGUCUGGAACUGACGCUGACGCUAGCAGGGAUCAUCGUCUCGAGCGCAUGGAGGCCAUGGAGAAGCAGAUCGCCAGUCUGACUGGCUUGGUCCAGAGCGUCCUGACCAGAGCGCCCGACAGUGACAGCACAUGCGGCUUGCUGCGUCUCUGCAUGAUGGCGGGCUGCCCCCCGGACCAGGGAGCCGACUUCUCACGGACAUUACCUUUCUCUUCCAGUGACAAGACCGACACCAACAGCGAUGGCUCCACCACCGGAACAGGACGGCUAAAGAAGAAAGCUCACACGCCGUCGGCCCCACUGGCGCUGAUGCCGCCGCCGCCGUCCAACUCGACGCCGUUGAACAACGUCAGCCGCCUGCAGAUGCAGCUGCACCUGCACGGGCUGCAGCAGAACGCCAACGACCUGCGCAAGCAGCUCGGACAGCUGCGCAAGACGCAGCUGGAGAACCAGGACUCCAUGUCCACGCUGCUGAAGCGCACCGAGGCCGAGCUGAACGUGCGCGUGGCAGACGCCCUCCGCAAGCAGGAGGACCCCUUGCAGAGGCAGCGCCUUUUGGUGGAGGAGGAGAGGCUCAAGUACCUGAACGAGGAGGAGCUCAUCAUCCAGCAGCUUCAUGACCUGGAGAAGUCAGUGGAGGACAUCCAGAAGGAGUCGUCCGUCAACCACAAGCUGGUGAACGUGCAGGAGCUGGAGGAGAAGACGGCCGUCCUCCGAAAGUUGGGCGAGACGCUCACCGAGCUCAAGAAUCAGUUCCCCAGCCUUCAGAGCAAGAUGCGAGUGGUGCUCAGAGUGGAAGUGGAGGCCGUUAAGUUCCUGAAGGAGGAGCCGCACAGGCUGGAUGCUCUGCUGAAACGCUGCAAGACCAUCACGGACACCCUCAACACCAUGCGCAAGCAAGCCAACGAGGGCGUGUGGAAGAAGCACGAGGACUUCAUGUCGUCCAAGCACAACGAGGACCUGAGAAAGUUCUCGAACUUCGACAUCCCCAUUAGCCCACCGCUCGCGCUCAAUGACCUCGGGGGAGGAAACAGCCUGUCCAAUUGGAGUCCGCACACCAGCCUCACCCGCCGUCACCACGGGAACCCAGCCGGACCGCACAAGGACAAUCACCCGCCUGUCCCACACAAGGGCAAAGCCCUGGAGGAGCUGGAACGCCGUAGCGCUGCUGAUAAGGCAUUGUCCGUAGAGGUUCGCCUGGCGGCCGAGCGGGACUGGGAGGAGAAGCGGGCCAGCCUGACCCAGUACAGCGCUCAGGACAUCAACCGGCUGCUGGAGGAGACCCAGGCCGAGCUCAUGAAGGCCAUACCCGACCUGGACUUUGCCGCCAAGCAGAUCAAGCCCUCUUCCCCCGCAACAUCCUCGCAGUUGCCACAGACCCCUCAGAGCGGGAUGGCCCCCCCCGAGCCCCGCACCGUCAACAACAAGCCACUGCAGAAGAAAGAAGGAGGGUCCAGGCUGGGAUCUGAUGAGCUGACGGUGCCUCGCUACCGCACAGAAAAACCCUCCAAGUCCCCACCUCCGCCGCCACCCAGACGCAGCUUCCCGUCUUCUCCGGGCUUGAUCACACGCAGCGGAGAGCAACUCGUUCCCGGGAAGAGCGUCAAGAAGUCCGACUCUGAGGAGGGAGGGAGCCAGAAGCCUCACGUAAAACUGAGGAGGACAAUGUCGGAAAACCCUCGUCCCGCAUCCACGCCUCCCACGCUGUCCGGAGACAAGGCAGACGCAGAGCAGGAGAAAAGUUCUGCACAGUUAGAGGGAGGGAACGGCGCCCUGUGCAAGGUCCCGCCCGCCCCGGCCUCCAAACUGAAGCAGCUGCAGCAGCAGAACAGCACGGACAAGUUCAAAGGCACCAAGAGGGAAGACUUCCUGAAGACCCAGCAGCAGGGAGCCGCGGCCGUCGAGUCGGGGAUCCGCCGCAGGAGGGCGGAGGGCCCCGCGCUGAGAGCGUCGCCCGUCCAGGCCAAGGCGCUGCUGGCCAGCCUGUCGGCGGCCGGCCUGAGCGCCGAGGCCCUGCUGCUGUCCUCCGCCCUGCGCCAGCACCGCCUCCUCCGCGAGCAGCAGCAACGGGCGUCCGCGUCCUCCCUGCCCUUGCCCAGCAGCCGCUCGCCCUCGCCGGCCUCCUCGUCCUCGCAGACGCCCACCGCCACCUUGUCCUCGUCCUCCUCGCCCACCACGCCCGUCCUGUCGCCCUGCUCGCCCACCUCACUCACGUCGCCCACCUUGUCCAAGGCUAGUCUGGAGGGCAUCAGCAGCUGCAAGUAUGGACAGUAACAGCUAAAGUGUCAGCAUUCCCUCUUUUGGACCAGUCUCACGUGAUUCCGGAAGUCCACUAAGGGAAUACUCCCUCUGGCGCACAAAACUGGACCACCCUGGUGAUCCCACCUGAUAUAAGCUGAUCCUGUUUUAAAAAAACACAGAGCUGCAAUAAUCACCACCACGUGAGUCCACUCUAUAUACAAGGUGCAUCUCAAUAAAUUGGAAUAUGGUGGAAAACGUCAUUUGUUUCAGUCGUGCAAUUCAAAACGUGAAAGUCAUAUACAAGAUCAAAUCAGGGGUUCUCAAACUGUUUGGGAAAUUCUUCCAAAGACAACCUCAGAAUCCAUUAUGACAACUGAACAUAAUUAGCAUGUGAAAUGGCUUAGGAAUUGAAAAUGAUCUAUUUUUGAGACAAACAUUCCCAGUAAGACAAUAACAAAUUCAUUUUCUUUUGAGAGAAAAGUUGCAAAGUUAUGAGAAUAGUCGUUUUUCUCUUUGGUUUUAAAAGGCUAAAUCUUUGCAGGAAUUUGUUUGUUUUUUUCAAGAAACAGUGGUGCCUUGAGAUAUGAAUAACUCGACUUGCAAGCACCGUCUUGACAUACGAGCACUGUAUGGUGACAGUGACUCAACUUCACAUCAAGCAGCAGUUUGGCAAAUAACGGUGGUGAAAUAUUCAUCAAAAAAAAAAAAAAGCGGGUUUAUGCUGUUGAGUGCCACUCCCAGCUCAAGGAUACGGUUGAAGUAAACAUAAAACAAAGAGAAUUACACCUUGUGUUUCUAAAACAACCGGAUAGCUAACGCUACAUACCAUCUAUCUUUUGGUGCUUUAACCCUUUAAGCAACAGAUUGAACACAGACAAUAUAACAGUACUCAGCCUUAUAUUCUUUAUCCUCGACAUAGAAUCUAAUAUUAGUGCCGUACCGAUGAGAUGAGAGAGGAGUUAGAUGUGUCAAUGAACAGUAUAUCCCCCCCCCCCCUGUCUGACUUAUACUGCCCCAGGUGGCCAAACAAAAAUUCUUACUAUUGUUUUGAGUUACGAGCGGGGUGGCAGAAUGAAUUAAACUGGUAUCUCACGGCACCACUGUAGUCGUAAUAUAUCAACGUCACAGAUAUAACGAGCUUGGAAAGUCUUUCGUUAGGUGUUGAAGAACUUGAGUGUACCCAUCAGAAACCUGCAGUGUUUCCCAACCAUUUUACAUAAGAACAAUCUCACAGCAGUGCACACAACCUACUGAAAUAAAUGAAGAUUUCUACCACAUCAUCCUUCGCUUGUUGGGCAGAAACAUCCUUUUUGGUCAAAUUUGGUCAGUUUCAUAUUUUUUUCCAAAAUGUAUUCUAUUGGUCAGUCUCCAUGUGGGUCUGUUAUUUUUGACAAAUCAUCCACCACAACCAAUCUAUAAAGUGUUGAAAAUGGCGAGCUGUCUUUGAUGAUGUAAUGUGAAACCUCCCAUUUUCUUAGUUUAGUUUUUGACGGUUUUGGAGAUGCGAGGAUUCCGCCUGACGUCAGCCAUAUUCAAAUUUAUUGACGUGUGUGUGUGUGUGUGUGUGUGUGUGUGUGUGUGUGUGUGAUUUUAAAGCUAUUUAGUAUUCCAACUCAAGCCAAAGUGGCGCUGUUUAUAUGAUUCUUUGACGGACAAAAGUACUGGGGCAGACUUUUUUUUU